AUGCGCAGUAAUGCAAGUGUUACUCCGGUGCCAUGCGCUGGUUCGGAUUCGGCUUUAACGCCUUCGGACAGCUGCAUCAUGUGCGUGAAAGUGUCAGUAACGGCAACAUUGUAAAGGAAGUCAAAGUGAUCAAUCCAGCAGAGCUGAAAUGUCAUUUGGACGGAAGCUGCGGCAGACAAAUAAGUAGAGUCCGAGCAAGCUGGAGUGGAUUAGCAUCCCUGCACUUAGAUGGUGACGGAGGCUUGUGCCUGGCAGGGUUUAAUGCGGCGGGUGAUACUUUUUUGGCGCGGAGCCGCGGGUGCGAGGACGCCGCCAUCGGAGAGUCUUUUUUGAUCCUCGCUUUUCCUGACAGAAUUGAGUCAUGGGACUUGAAUAACAACCAGGAGACGCCAACAUGGAGCAUGAAAUCAAAAACGUCACCUGUGGACGCUGGUAUGUCACUGAAUCUGCCAUUGACCCAUGAUGGUUACAUUGCCACCAAACCUCCUUUCUACCACCCUUUAUCACCUCUCCUGAAGGCCACCAGGCUGGCACUGGGUGCAGAGCACACCAUCCUGCUCAGCGCCGCUGGAGCGGUGUACACCUGGGGAUUGGGCAGUCAUGGCCAGCUUGGGCAUGGGGGCCUCUCGUCUGAAGAAGAACCCAGGGUAGUGGAGGCCCUUUGGGGCAUGACUAUGAGCUGUGUGGCCACAGGAGGCUGGCACACUGUUUGCAUCAGUGAUGGGGGUGACCUGUAUGUGUGGGGCUGGAAUGAGAGUGGCCAGCUUGGACUACCCUCGCAAUCUGUGAGGCAGACUCGGCAGCAUCUGAAUAGUCAACAGGCAGCAGGAACUCCUUCAUGUCAAGAGCUGCCGACUGAAGAGAAUGACAAAGAAGUGUUUAUAUCCAUCCAGGCAUUCCCAGCUCUUUUGGACAUUACUCCAUCCUGUGAGGUGACGUCUGUUGACUGUGGCUCCCGGCACACGGCAGCAGUAACAUCCACUGGUGACCUCUACACAUGGGGCUGGGGCGAAUAUGGUCAGCUCGGAUAUGAGACGUCCUGUUCAGAUGAGCCGCGGCGUGUGGACUACUUCAGGGACAAACAGAUGCGUGUUGUUGACGUGACGUGCGGAGGGUGGAACACUUUUGCUGCUAUCGUCAAGGAGGAAGUGGAUGACUGAUACAGUUAAUAAACAUGGACUUUGCUUUUUGAGCUCAUGGUUCAAAUCUUUUAAGAGUCAAACUCAGCAUUUUGUAAUUUACUUGGUACAAAAAACAGUGAAAAUCGUGUAUUUUGUUCAACUUUUUUAUGGAAAUAUAAAGAACAGUUUUUUCAAAAAUCACUGGCCUGGUGAUUAACAUUUAACAGCAGAGAAGUCAAUAAAAUACAUAUAUAAUUUAAGGCAAAUAUCAGGUUUAUAUGACUAAUUAAACAAUGGAAUAAGUGGAUGAUCCUUUUCAGUUGUCGACUGAAGGUCUUCACAGCACAAUUUUGAAGGAACUG